UUCUUUUUUCCCUUAUCCUUCAAAGAAAAAACUAUCCACCAAACCAAAAACUUUCAUUAAUUUUUAAAAUCUAAUGAACAGAACUAAACUGAUGCAUGUUAGUUCCAUAAUGAGAGCAACACCAUCACCAAAUCCAAUCUCUGCAUUAUAUUUCAGUAACCCCAAAAGAGUAUCUUCACCAGCUUCCUGUUCUAUGCAUAAUCCUCAAGCCACGCCCAAAGAACUUUACUUUAACCAUGAUGGUUCUGCUACAAAGAAACUAUUGGCAGGAGUUGAUAUGGUGGCAGAGCUAGUAGGAGUAACUUUAGGGCCUAAAGGAAGAAAUGUGGUGUUGGAAAAUAAGUAUGGACCUCCUAAGAUUGUUAAUGAUGGAGAAACUGUUCUUAAACAGAUUGAGUUGGAGGAUCCUUUAGAGAAUGUUGGAGUCAAAUUGGUGAGGCAAGCUGGUGCAAAAACUAAUGAUCUUGCUGGAGAUGGUUCCACAACUUCUGUAAUUCUAGCUCAUGGUUUAAUUACCGAGGGUGUGAAGGUGAUUGCAGCUGGCAUGAAUCCUGUCCAAAUUGCUCGUGGGAUCGAGAAAACCUCAAAAGCUCUUGUUUCUGAACUCAAAUUGAUGUCUCGAGAGGUUGAGGAUGAUGAGAUUUCAGAUGUUGCUGCUGUUAGUGCAGGGAAUGAUCAUACUGUGGGAAACAUGAUAUCUGAUGCUCUUCGGGAGGUGGGAAAGAGUGGUGUAAUCACCAUUGAAAAAGGAGAUUACAUUGAGAACAGUCUACAAAUUGUAAAAGGGAUGCAAUUUAAUCGUGGAUAUUUGUCUCCUUACUUCGUCACUGAUCGACGGAAAAGGACAGUAGAGUUCCACAACUGCAAGUUACUUUUGGUUGACAAAAGAAUCACCAAUCCGAAAGAGAUGUUUAAGAUAUUGGACAAUGCAGUUAAAGAGAAGUACCCUGUAGUGAUAAUUGCAGAGCGCAUUGAGAAAGAAGCUUUGGCUCCAGUUAUUAGGAACAAACUCAAGGGUACAUUGAAGGCGGCAGCUAUAAAGGCUCCUGACUUUGGCAAGCGCAAAAGUCACAGUUUAGAUGACAUUGCAAUAUUGACAGGAGGUACCGUAAUCAGAGAUGAGAUGGGGUUUACCCUGGAAAAGGCCGGCAAGGAGGUUUUAGGGUCUGCUACCAAGGUUCUGAUAACAAAGGAUUCAACACUUAUAGUUACUGAUGGUAGCACUCAAGAAGCUGUUGAGAAGAGGGUUGCUCAGCUCCGUAGUCUCGUCGAGAACACCAAAGAAAAUUUCCAAAAGAAAAUUCUGAAUGAAAGAAUAGCUAGAUUAUCAGGAGGAAUUGCCAUUCUACAGGUGGGAGCACAAACACAAGUUGAGUUGAAGGAUAAACAAUUACGGAUUGAAGAUGCUCUAAAUGCCACUAAGGCAGCAAUUGAGGAAGGUGUGGUAAUUGGAGGCGGCUGUUGCCUUCUUAGACUUUCCUUUAAAGUUGAUGCUAUUAAAGAACAGUUGGACAAUGAAGAACAAAAGAUUGGAGCUGAGAUCUUCAAACGAGCUUUGAGUUAUCCUACAAGACUGAUAGCCAGGAAUGCAGGUGUAAAUGGCAAUAUUGUCAUAGACCAGAUUCUAUCAAAGGAUGAUCUGCGCUAUGGAUACAAUGCUGCAAGAGACAGAUAUGAGGAUUUGAUAGCUGCAGGAAUUAUAGAUCCAACAAAGGUAGUCAGAUGUUGUUUGGAGAACGCUGCAUCAGUAGCCAAGACAUUUCUUAUGGCUGAUGCAGUUAUAGUCGACAUUAAGGAAGCACCACCACUCCGAAUGAGAAUGCCAAUGCCAAUGCCAAAACAACCAGGUCUCGCGGCUUUAAGCUCAAAGAUGGGGAAACAGAGUUUGGUAAAGUCUCUGCUUAAUCCUAGUCACAGAAAACAGUGAAGGAAAAACAAAUGGCAUGCCUAGCUAUCAAAUGGUGGUGAAAUUUGAUCAAACACUUGCGAAUAGCCAUUUGAUAUCCAGCCUCUAACACGACGGACGAGCCGGUUUCCUUGUUAAAGAAGUAAAGCUGGCAUAUAUACCUCAGGUUUUGCUCAGAAUUUCCGGGGAAGACUUUCGACCAGUUAAUACUUAAUAGCGAUCUAACUUCAGAGUAAAUAUUCCAAAGGAAAAAAUGCCAAUUUUCCAAUUCUUGCUAGCUUUAUAUGUAUUCUUAAACUUCCUACUGUCAAGUGUCAAGUGAGGAAGUUCUAUUUCAGCAUGAAUUCGUAAAACAAAAAAAACGGCUCAGUAUUGAGUUGCCUAAUUAUUUUUUCUUUGUUUCACUCUUUAAAGUAACUUGUUAUUCUC